AUGAUUAAGGAGUGGGAAACCCGCUUUCAGAGGUAUAAAAGCCAGAGAGAUGGACAUCCAAAGACUCAGGAAGGGACCACAGCUGAAGGAGAGCAAAGUAAUAGAAAGCCAUCCAAGAUCACCAGUGAAAGCCAUCCCUGGAUAGUUCAAGAUUUCCCACGCUGCAAAGAGGACCUCUGUACUAUAACACCUUUGGGGAUAUGGACGGCAUUCUACAAAUCAGACCCACGCUUUGCCCUUGGAAAAUACUCCCCAAUGGAACAAAAAAUUCUAAAACUCGGUGGCGUUCACACCAUAGCAGCAAGAAGAUUUUUGGCUGACAAACACUACAAAGAGUGGAGGAUGCUGAGGGAACUCCAGGAGCAGUCUGCAGACUACAAAAAGGCCAUGGAGUUGGGAAGAUACUCUUCUACUUGUGCUGUGUGUGGACCCCCGGAAAAAAUAUGGACAGCGAAGGUGUCUGUGCCUGCAGAAGAAUUCCAAACGCCCCACCGAGAGAUCAUUGGCGUCAAGAAGCAUAUCAAAAGAAUGCAACUGGCAAGAACCCUGGGAAACAAACCGUUUUCUACAUAUAUGGACAGGCUCGGGAGUGCCACACUACACUCUGGAUUAGAUCUGUGUUCCCCAGAAUCAUACAAGUCCAGUGAAGAGGGGGAGGAUGAUGACAGGGAUAGCAGUGAUAAAGCCAGUCAGGGGGAUAAAGGGGAGGCCAAGUUUGAACCCAUAAAAACACGAGAAGUUACAUUGAAUGUGGUUUUCAAGUCAGAAGAAACCAAAAGUUGUUUAGUAUGCCAUCGAAAUGAUCGGAAACCCUUCCUUCCUGUGAAGAAACUGGAGCGGCACAUCACGGGCCUCACCAACAGAAACCUCUUCCCUAUCACUGGCUUUCCUGGAGACCUGAUGCUCAUGAACCAGGAUUUUAUAUCAAAGGGAAUCCACCCAAAUGACGCCAUUAAAAUCUACUGGCUCCCAGAAGAGGUUCCCUUCAAGGCACCCAAGUAA